AUGGCACUACAGCCGUGUCGGACAGCUCUACUGCGCAGCCGGCAAGCAGCGCGCGCGCUUCUCCCCUGCGCGCGCUCGUAUACCACGACGACAGCCACCGAGACCCCCGAAUCGUUCAAGAUUUCCCCGUCCAGGGAGCCGACAACCUCGGCGCCGCGAUGGAGCCGCACGCCCGAAGGGAUGAAGGCGGACCUGCAGAUGGACUUUGCCAAGAACCCGCGGAACAAGGUGUGGGUGGUCAACAACGACCCGGCGCGGCUGGACCAAAUGUACGAGCGGCUGCUCGGCCAGGGGGGCAGCAAGAUGCUCCCCGAGGAGCUCAAGUGGCUGGCCGUCACGCACAAGAGCUUUGACCAGGGACGCAGAGGCUUCAACGAUCGGUUGGCGCUGGUCGGUCGCAUGGCCCUCGACGUGGAGGCUGUCAAGGGAAUCGUGAGCAAGCCUGCGGACCCCAAGGCGCAACAGACGGACGAGUUUAAUAGGCAACCGUUUGAGCACCCCAAGCUCACGCCUGUGGACAACUUGAACCUCCAUGACGCCCGCGAGUCUGUCGGCAAGGAGCGGCUGGCUGCGCUCGCCAGGUCCGUGGGCUUGGAUAGCACUGUGCGGUGGAAGCCUCGUGUGGUCGACAACCUCGAAUCGAGUGGUGUUGAGGUUGUGCUCACCGGCGCCAUCAUGGCCAUUGUCGGCGCCGUGACGUUGCAACACGGCGGCGCUGUGGCGACGCAGAUUAUCCGCGAGCGCAUCCUGGCCAGGAUCCCCAAAAAUUAA